AUGUGUUGGCCCGGAGAAUCAAAGUGGAAGCGGGAGAUUGUGAACGAUCACAAGUUUGAUUUUGUGGAUGUGCACGAUUACCACUCAGAAAGCUGGGGAACACGCCUACAGUACCUAUGGCUAUACCUAGUCCUUAUCAAGUCCUUCCUCGUAUAUUUAUCCGAUCUCUACACUGCUGUGACCAUGUUAACUACAAGCGGGUGGUCAAAUGGGAUCUUCCAAAAAUGCAAAGAUUCACAGAUAGCAGAUAACUGCGUCGUCGUGGAUUUCACUGUGGGAAAAUGGAUUUUCGUCGGGUGCAUCAUCUUUGGCUAUUUGCUUCUAUUAUAUGAAGGCUGGAAAGCUCAGAAGAUUAUUGUCAGCCGAGACAUUUCUUAUGCGUUCACCAACGUAUUGGCGAACACACACUACAGCCUGAAGUCCUACGACACAUUCUGCUUCUUCACCCAAAUCGAAAACUCGACGAAGAAGAAGGAUGAUUUUGCCUUCUUCGUCUUUUUCACAUUCAAAGGCUGGAAGCGUCUGAUUCUAUCCGACGGCCCUCGUCAGUGCAUCAAUGCGCUCACCCUCUAUUCAUUCUGGCUCGUCAAUUCGGGAAGCCUCAAAAACAUGGAGAAUUACUGGCUUCAACAAUCACUAGUCACCAAGUUCCUCCUCAUUUCAAUUCUCUUCACUGUGGUAGUCUUUCUUUGUUCUCUUUUCCUCCUAAUAGUUGCUGCUUUGUGCUACGUCCCCCUCCUCUGUUACAUCCAAGGCAACCUGAAAGAGUACUGCUGUCACAAGGUCGACAAGCGCAUCGCUGAAUUGAUGAAGCGUAAGAACCGAGCCCGUAUCGCGAGGAUUGCCAAGCUGGCACGGAAGGAAGCGGCUGGUGACUUCUCGCAUCUCAAGGACAAGAAUGGCGAACAAAUUCGGAAGCCCAUCCCUCAGCCCACCUUGCCAAACAUCAAGCUUGACGAAGAAGAUACGGCCGCAACCUCUGCGUAUCGGAAUCCAGGAGGAAAGUCAAACUAUGCAUCGUCUUACGCCACCACCAAAGACGAUUAUGGUGCCUACCCGGAUUACCCACCUACGGACUACCCACCACCAAUGCCUGUAUAUGACGACACCUACUACUACCAGCAUCCUUCCUUGAAGGGUACUGGAGAGUACGACGAUUCCAUGUACGAGCAUGAUAUCAAGACACCUGGCACUGAGUAUGGUGGCAGCACAACACACCUCGCACAGGGCCAGCCAGGACCUAGGUUCUCAGCACAGCAGCGUCAGAGCCACGAUCAUCUUGUCGAGGCGGGGCAGAACUCGCGCCACGCAUCGAACAAUGAAUGGUUUACUUACGAGCGCGGGGAUGUAGAGGUCACAGCAGGUCCUUCACCACACCACCGAAGGUCCAAGUCUGGGAGCAAACAACAAGGAGGUCAGCCAAGCGGUGCGCGCACUUUAAGCAAUGGUCGUGGGAGUGGGCUAGCCAUAUAG